AACUGAUGCUGGAAAAUGGGAAACACAUACUUAUGGAGAAGCCGCUCGACAUCAAUACUAAACAAAACGAGGAGUUGUUCGCAUUGGCUAAGUCUAAGAAGUUGUUCGUAAUGGAGGCGCUCUGGUCUCGAUUCCUGCCCUCCUAUGAGUUCAUUAUGGAUCAGCUGAAGCAGGGGGUGAUCGGGGAUGUACUGCACGUGACGGCCAACCUGGGCUUCAACAACGCCGACGUGGCCCGAAUCGCCACCAAAGAGUUGGGCGGCGGGACUGUCCUCGAUCUCGGCGUCUAUGCCAUCAAUAUCGUGGAGCAGGCCUUCAAAGGCGAGACGCCUGAGAAGGUGCUGGCCGUCGGACACCUCAACAAGAAUGGCGUCGACUAUGACUUCGCCGCUUCCCUUCAGUUUAAGGAC